GGUUCUUUAGUAAGCCAUGGAGGACGAUGCCAGAGAACAACGAGGAAAAUCUUGAAUUUGUGAAAUCUUACCAACCACGAAACAAGGAUGUCAAACAUCUCAGAAUUCUGAUUCAUGGAGAAACCGGAGCCGGAAAGUCCAGUUUCAUCAACUCUGUUGAAAGUGUUUUAAAAGGAAGAGUUACUGGCCGAGCUUUGACAGAUGCCACUUCUGGGAGGAGCUUUACAGAAGAAUACACAACCUACAAAAUCAAAAAAGAGUCAGGGAACUUUUAUUCUUUCAUUUUCAAUGACACCAUGGGCCUUGAGAAACCCAAUGACAACGGAAUUCAUGUGGAAGACAUCAAACUCGCCCUGAAGGGACAUGUGAAAGAGGGUUACCAGUUCAACCCUAAAAACCAAUUGACGAAGAGUGAUCAGCACUACAACUCAUCUCCCACCUUGGAUGAUAGAGUUCAUGUUCUGGUUUCUGUCUGUCCUGCUGACAAGGUGUCUUUAUUAACUGAUGAAGUUAUAAAGAAGAUGAGAGACAUCAGACUAGCAGCCAGUAAAAUGAAGAUUCCCCAUCUGGCUGUCCUCACUAAGGUUGAUCUGGCCUGUCCUGAGGCAAAAAAAAAUAUAAACAAUGUCUACAAGAGCGACUACCUGAAGGAACAGGUUGAGAAAUUCAGCGAGACACUGGGCAUUCCAGUGAACUGCAUCUUUCUUGUGAAGAACUACAACUCAGAAAUCGAGACGAAUGAUGACAUUGAUGUGCUGAUAUUGGUUGCACUGAGACAGAUGAUCAAUUUUGGAGAAGACUUCCUCGACAACCUGUAGACCUAUUUACUGCUGAGGUAAAUCUUGCAUGAUUGCAAGAAUUUGAAACUGUAAUUUACAUGGUUUUAUGAUGACUUUUUAUUAUCAUUAUUUAUCAU